AAAAAAAAAACGCGAUGCAGAAGCUCCGUCCGCCGACAUGGCGCAGGUCGCGGACUCCGACGCCAGUGGAGAUGCGCAGCAGUGGCCCAGCAGCCAGCUGCUCGGCCAUCACCAGCUCCUCCAGCCUCGAUCUGGUUUCGCGUCAGGCCAGUUGCACGGCUCCAGUCGGCCAUUCGCAUUCGCAGCCGCUUGCAUCCGCACGCUAUUCUGAGCCCGCGCAAACAGCCAAGGAGAAUCAGACGACGUUUCUCUGUUUGCCCGUCGAUCCAGCGUCGGCUCCGGCGGCCAACAGUUGCGCCAACAGCGCCAAAAGCCAAGCCAAGCCGGCCGGCAACAACAGCCGCGCCCGAUCGCGAAGUUUCGAUUUUUCGCACGACCAGCAGGAGGCGGCAAAGUCGCUCUCAGUCGACCUGGGUACGAACGCCCAGCCCAACGCCGCAGUGGCCGUCGCAUCCGGCGGAUCGGGCCCUCUCUUGGGAAUGUUGCGUCGCUCCUUUUCGCGUCACUCGUCCACGUCGGACGGCCAGAGGAGCAGCCAAAGUUGUGUCACUUCCGCCGGCGGAGGCGGAGGCGGUGGAGGGGUAGGAGCGUUCGGCGGAAGUCUGUCGCUCGGCGGCGGCGGCGGCGGCGGCAGUUUAAGUGGCUCCGUGGCUGGGCCAGCCGGAAGCGCCGGGGGUAUCGGCAGCGCCAUUUGCAUCCAUUGCCUGUGCGUGGAAGAGUACGAACGACAGCAAGCUCAGAGCCCGCCACCACCAGCGGCUGGAACAUCAUCAGGUGUUGCUCCGUCGUUCCAGGCGGCCCUCUCUCCGGCCGUCGAUGAACUGCUGUCCGAAAAUGAGUACGAUUCGAACCGAUCGAGCAGCUGCGGCGAGAGCGCGGCCGACGAUCCGCAUCAGGACGAAGAGCUGGACACGAGCAGGUUGUCCUUCCUGGGCCAGUCGUUCGAGUGCCGCCAAAAGGUCGAACCGUGGAUCAGGGAGAACGAGAACCAAUUGGCUCCGGACCCAUCGGCCAGGGCGCUCAUCCGGCGCGGACGAUCGCUCGGCCUGGCCUCCGACACGUCGUCCAACGUCCUGCUGGGAGCGGCCCCCAAUUUGCGCAGGGGCGGGUCGGAAUGUCAGCCGGACGCGUGUCACCUGCAACAGGAAGAGGAGCAAGACUCGUGGACGGACCCUGCGCCCAGUUGUCAAAUUUCUUUUAAUUUCUCCUUUUCGUCGAGCGAGCCGUCGACCAACUAUCAAGUGUCGGAUGGCGGAUCGGCCACUCCGGUCGGCGGCCGUCGCAGCCCCGGCGGAGCCGGUACGCCUAGACUGGAACGCCAGGAGGCCUUGUGUUCCGGUUGGUUGGAAUCGGAGCCGAGUUUGGAACUGCUGGUACCCGGCCAUCAUUCGUUUAGCGCCGAUCCGGAGCACAACAACGACGACCACAGUCGGCACGUCUCGUCCGGUUCCAGGACGCACGCGUCCAUGGAAACGCACGCGUCCGUCUCGCUGGAAGUGGACUCGGGCGCGUGUGUAGGUGGCGUCGUGCAACAGGCGUCGCUCGAGAGCCAGUACUCGUUCCAGCUCAGCUUGGACGUCCACUUACCCGAAUCGGCCCGCCAACGGAUCUCGUCUUUCGAAAGCGAAACGUCCGCCGAUAGCAUGGCGUCCAGCAAUGUCAGCAUGGGCGGAACGGCCGGCGGUGGGGGCCGUUCUUCGGGUAACGGGUCGGGUUUUCUCAAUCGCUCCUCCUUGCUGGCCCGCCGCAAAUGCCUAAGCGCUGGGGCUAGCCCUAGUUCCAGCCCGCCCAUCUGCUUGUCGAAUUCGCGCUACAAUCUCUGCAGCGGCAGUCCGGGCAUCACAUCCAACAGCCGCCUCAAUCUCUGCACUGGUUCGUCGAGCGAGUACGGCGACCAAGCCGACCUGGAAGCCACUCCGCUCUCACCUAGUCCGCCAGCGGAAAUUUACCUGACAGUGCCGGUUUUGGCGCCGCUGGCUACGGCCGCCAAGACGGUCACCAGCGGGGCCAACCUGCUGCUGGACAAAUCGCGUUACUUGCGCCAGCGUUUCAGACGUCACGACUCUUCGAAAUCAUCUUCCGACAAGGACAGGGACAAAGACUCGCCGUGCGCUGUGCCACCUACACCGCCUACACCGUCUUUGACGCAGAGGUCUCUGACGGCGUGCCCGUCGUUGAGCUCGCGCAGCCUGAGCCGCGGCGGCGAUUCGCUGCGCCCUCGCUCCGAUCACUUGCCAUUCCGCUCGAGGUCUAUCGAAAUAGGCCUGCCCACCGCUCACCGACAUCAUCACAAUCAUCAUCACCAUCAUCAUCAUCAUCACGGCCAUCACCACCGCACUGAGUAUCACGAUCUGGCCGGAAGCGCUCGCAGACAGCAGUGGGUUUCGCGGCUCAAAAAAAACAAUCCGGGAGAAGUCGUGAUCCAGAGCGAGAAUGGCGAAAGGCGUGUCCUACGAUCCACUCCAGAUUGGACCGAAGAGGCAAUCAACGGUGAUCACCUGUGGGUGCCCACAUCAGCAUCCGGUGAUCUCUGUCACGUUCUCGACCAAGAUUGCACGAGAGGUGGUCCGCGGAUGAAAUGUUCCGGAUGUCGGAUCGUGGCACAUAUUUCGUGCAUACCGCAGAUGAAGUUCCUGUGUCGGCCGACUUUCUGGGAUGGCGAUUUGCGCCAGUAUCGCGAAAACACGACCACCACUCAUCAUUGGGUCCAUCGUCGAUCACAGACGGGCAAAUGUCAGAACUGUUCCAAGUCUUUCCAGUCCAAGUUGUCGUUUGGUUCCAAGGAGAUUCUAGCCAUAAGCUGUUCGUGGUGUAAAGCUGCCUAUCACAACAAGGAGAACUGUUUCAAUAUGGAUCGGCUUAAAGAGCCCUGUUCACUAGCCCAUCAGACAGUGAUCGUGCCACCAUCUUGGAUCGUGAAAUUGCCGGCGCGUGAAAAUUUCAAAUCGAGCCUGCGCAAGUCGCCGCGUAGCAAGAAAGAUCGGGGGUCAUCGCGACGCAGUAAGAGGGUCGGAGGUGUCGAGAAACCGGAACAAGUGGAGAAGGAAAGCUACACGGGAAGUGGCGGAUUCCGAUCAUUUGUAGUUAAACCAAUACCAAUGGCCGGUAGCCGUCCUAUCAUCGUCUUUAUCAACCCGAAAUCCGGCGGCAACCAAGGCGCCAAACUAAUGCAAAAAUUCCAAUGGCUCUUGAAUCCCCGACAAGUAUUUGAUCUUACGCAAGGCGGACCGCGUGCUGGAUUGGAGAUGUUCCGGAAAGUACCCAAUCUUCGGGUAUUGGCUUGCGGUGGAGAUGGUACUGCUGGAUGGGUCCUGUCAAUCCUCGACCAGAUUGAUAUCAGUCCCGCACCUCCUGUCGGCGUCUUACCGCUGGGCACGGGAAACGACUUGGCCAGAGCUCUUGGAUGGGGAGGGGGCUAUACGGACGAGCCGAUUUCCAAGAUAUUAACAUCGAUGGGUGAAGCCGAGCCAGUGAUGCUAGACCGCUGGGAAUUACAAGUGGAAAAGAAUCCUGACGCUCCACCGAGUGCAGAUGAUUCGGGCAAUCAUCAUCCGAGCAGAGACACGUUGCCGCUGAGCGUUGUUAAUAACUAUUUCUCGUUCGGCGUCGAUGCGCAAAUUGCGCUGGAUUUCCACGAAGCUCGCGAGGCUCAUCCUCAGAAGUUCAACUCGCGAUUGCGCAAUAAAAUGUUCUACGGCCAGGCCGGUGGCAAAGAUUUGCUGCAGCGCAAGUGGAAGGAUUUGUCCGAAUUUGUGACGCUCGAAUGCGACGGCAAGGACAUCACGGCCAAGCUGAGGGAGCAGAAGGUUCACGCCGUUCUAUUUCUAAACAUCCCGAGCUACGGCGGCGGCACGCACCCCUGGAACCGGGCCCACGGUCAAGAAGCAGCUACUGACGAUGGACUCAUCGAAGUCGUAGGAUUAAAAACAUAUCAAUUGCCUUUGUUACAAGCCGGUGGCCAUGGAACGUGUUUGGCCCAAUGUCGGACGGCCCGAAUUGUUACACGCAGAACGAUCCCGGUGCAAGUCGAUGGCGAAGCGUGUCGUUUGAACCCAUCGAUCAUUGGAUUGCAGCUUCUAAAUCAAGCGCCAGUGUUGGCCAAAAGGAGGGCCGGCUUCGAACCGAAUCCGGCUCCCGUCGUCGAACAGCUCAAGAUGCAAGUCAAGCGUAUCAGCAUGGCAGACUACGAGGCCCAUCAUUACGAUAAAGAAAAUCUGCAAGCAUCAGCCACGCCUUUGGGAACCAUAUCUGUCUCGCAUGAUGCCGUCCUGGAACACGUUCGCAAGCUGGUUAAUAACCUUCUUGAGCAGCAAGCAGUGGGCACGAGCAGCAGUCCCGUCGGACCUCACGGUGGUGGAUCGCCACCAACCAAUGGCGGCGAUGUGGACAAACUAUGUCCCGAUUGGUGUUUCAUUGACUGUUGUACGGCGGAACGCGUUUUUCGAGUCGAUUCCGGGCAGGAACAUUUGCAUUACAUCACGGACAUAUCAACCGAUUGUUUGUACAUUUUAGAUCCAGUCUCGGCUGCAGACACGGAAAGUCUUGGGUUGGAGAGCGGACCGAACGGCGCCAGCAACUUGUUAGACGAAGCGGGACUCGAGGACAUGGUUAACUUGGCCAACAGUCAACUACAGCAGGAAUUGCGUCACUCGGAUAAGAUGGAGAGAAAGAAUAUCACGGAGAAAGCUGAAGACGUUUCGCCCCAGCCGCCGGAGAAUGUUGUUGUGCACGACAAUUUUCUUGUGCCCAUCAAUGUCAAAAGCGUUUACGGCGAUAAGUUACCGAUCUUUUGUCCACGUAAGAGCCCAUUGCUAGAAAAAUCAUCGAGCAGCAUCGUGAAGGCGGCCAAGGAUGGAGACUUGAAAAAGCUGAAGGAUCUUCACGCAUCAGGCUACUCGCUGCUCUCCAUCGACGCUCAGGGACAAACUGCUUUGCACUGGGCGGCCCGACAUGGACAUCGCGAUGUUAUUAAAUAUUUACUCGCUUCGUCUCCGAGUGCCCUCCUGGACAUGGUCGACAACGAGAAGGGCCAAACAGCGUUACAUAAGGCUGCUUUGGCAAAGCAGCGUGCCAUCAGCUGCAUGUUAGUCGCAGCCGGAGCUAGUAUGUCAUUGGUCGACAAGGAAAGGCACACUCCGCGUAAUUUGGCAGAACGAGCCGGAGAUGCCGACUUGGCAAUUUAUCUUGCAAGUCAAGAGAACUUUCACAAAAAUGCUGCAGAUAACGUGGAGACCUCGGUUUAGCGUUCACGAAUCAUUUGAAGUCGUGUAACGAAUCGGAUAUAUCGCGACCGGAAGAAGAAAUGGAAAGCAUUUCUUGAUCUCACUAUACGUUUAAUAUUAUUUGAUUUUUUUUUUUACAGAUUUCAUUCCAAUAUCCCCUCCAUGACUGUCCUUAUGAAUGUGAGUGUAAGUAUGUGUGAUUCCCUAAUCCAUUUCAAAAUUGUUGUUGUUGGUUUUCCAAUGUAAGCGCGGCGCCAGUUAAACGGUCGGGUUGUGUAAAUAAUCCUAGUUGCGACGAGUAUGAGUUAACGCUAUUUUUCGGGGGACCCAUUGAAUUUUUUGGCAGGGCUAUAAUCGUCUUACAGUUUCUUUUUGCACUCUGUUUGGGAAAUUGAUUGGCAACUACCCAACCACUAUCACAUCUAUAUCUCCGUAUAUACAAUUAUACAUGAAGGUUAUUUCUGUCGCCCGUAAGGAAAUGAAAGUGGAGACAACAACAUAAGAAAGUCAUGAAAGCCUUUUUGACAAGCCUUUUAAGCAAUCCCAUUCUUCCACGAGAGUAUGAUAUCAAUAAAUUCGAAACCUCUUUAUUUCUACAUAUCCGCAUUCUUUUUUUUUUUUUUUUUUUUUUUCCUUUUUUGCAAACCUCUUAUUGUUUUCUCUAACUGUUUGUCCCGCGUCCCGCAUAAUUCUCUCAUCUUUCACAUAGAUGCUAAUUUUUCUUAUCCCCUUGAAAAAUGUUUACGAAGUCGAAAUUGAUUUAGCUUAGCGUAAUUCAGAUUUUUUGAUAUCUUGAGGUUUUACCUUCAUAUUGCCAAUUGUUAGUUUUCACGAACACGUUUAUUCCUCUCAUCAAACCUUACGUAUUUUUGUUUGUUUUUUUUUGUCAAUGAAAUUUUCAUUCUCAUGUGAAAUUUCCCAGUUGUUUUUGGCCCGAUGAUUGUUUAACCGCUUAGUCUGUGCUUUAGUCCAUCCUCCUUACGAAAUAUUUCGUGAUUUCACUAUGUAAGAGCUCUUGGUAUACUCUUCCAAAAAAGGACGGUGGCUAAAAUUUUGAAAAACAUUUUCCCAUUAUGGAAUCGUGUAGGUUGUUGUGCAACCCUUAACUCCCUAUCAACUUUUUUUUCAUCAAAAAUUUCCUACCAGCGUAGUAGGUGCCUUGCUCUCUAUCACUUAUUCACGAUCCCUUCACUAUUUUUCAUUGCCCUUUUUUGUCGAAUAUAUAUUACAAUAUAUAUCUCGUCUCCGGCGAGUUAGUAUUUUUUUUUUUUUUUUUCUUCCUUUGUAUGAAUCUGCGUACCAACAUACACUCACCACAUUAAAAUGUCUGAUGGAUUUCGUCCUAGUGGACAUUGUUUUCCUCAGUGUUCUUUUAAUUUGAUAUACAUUCAGAUCAUAUUUAUUCUAUGCAUCAGUUUCUAUACACGAUCGGGUUGGUACGCUCUA